AGGCAGCGAUGCAACGAUGAGACAUAUGGAAUGUUUAUGGAUGGUGUACAGUGCAUGGUCGAGACAUGCCGCCGGGAGAGACUUUUACUAUGGCAUACCUUGGACAGGCUGAGUACUGUCCAGGAAACCCGCUCACAGAUAUGCGAACACAGUCCAAAUUGCUGAUGCCAUUACAAGUAUAUCUACUUCUUUCCCUAGCAACAUAUUUAGAUGAUGGGUGGUGGGGUAAACCAAGCCCUGCACAUUACUGCACUGUGGCUGGUAUUGCUGGUGGCGGUAACUAAUGGAACCCAUUUCCUCGCCGGUCGUGUCAGCUGUUGGCCAGAUCGACAGAGCUAUGGAGGAUUCGAUGCCUUCGGGAAUGUUCAGGUGGAAUGCAGUUUCCGAAUCGCUUGGGGACUUCCGUGGCAAAGAAACCAAACAAUGUGCACUGAUCAGAUUCGGAAUAACAUGGUUCGCUUGCCGGGGCCAAGUACUGAGGGACAGGUUCUGAGCUGUAAGGAAGGAUGCUCGGGAACGUUUGCAGAGCUCUCGUACUACUGCACAGAGUUCAGCUCGGUGCCAGGUGCCACCUGGUCCCAGGGCGGCGGGAUAUUCCGGUACACCUUCAACGGGUCACCGGCUCGUUUUACCGCCAGUCUCAGUAGCUGCUGCUGGAUGGAUUCUUUGCGGCGGUAUGGUGGAGAGAAUUAUACUCUCCUCACUUCAAUGAAUCUGAUGAGGCGUGCCGACACAGGUAAAAUCAACUAUGCACCAUCCACAGAUCAGACAGCCAUCUUUCAAAUCUGGUCUGGACGAGAACGCAACCUGUCAUUGCUCGUCGAAGAUCUUGACGGAGAUAUUGUACGCUGCAGAUGGGGAAGCACAUCUAACAUCUACGGUCAGGAUGAAUGUGGCGGCAUCUGUCCUCCACUGCAUGAUGCCAAAUUAAUUGCGGCUCCUUGCACACUGUGGAUUCCACCGACACUGGAACCUGGCUACUACCAUGCGGUUUCUAUUGUACUGGAAGAUUUCCCCCCGAGUGACCCGUACGGUGCACCUCUGAGUCAAAUCUCAUUCCAGUUCCUGCUCGAUGUACAGACCCCUCCGCCAGGAACCUUCUCACAUCCUGAACUUGUGGAGCCAAGCCCUGAGAACAAGACCUGCAUUCCCAUCCCUUCAGGCACCGAGUAUCGAGUCACGCUGAGAGCUAGGCAAGCCACGCCAGUCAACAAGAUAUCGUCAUUCAGGGUGACCCAGCCUGUCGGCAUGGACAGAAGUAGGAUCGUCAGUGGUAUUGAGAAUGGAGAGCACUUUGGAAAGAUGCAGCUCUCUUGGAGGCCCACGCUGGAACAGUAUGGACCACACCUGUUCUGCUUCCAGGCUACCGACCACAACUGCUUCUUCACCAGAGAUUGUUCCUGGCACUACGCAGCCCAGCAUUGCCACAUCAGCCACAGUUCCUCACUACUACCCAUCAUUCUCAGUCGACUUCAACCAGCAGCAGUUGUCAUAUCAAGCAGCCAAGCCAUUAUUCGCAUCCUGGAGGUUGCCGGCAAUGGCUCCAGCACAACUGAGCGGUUUUCCGUUGUACCCUCAACCCGGGAUGUUAUAGUUGAACGACACCCGACACAUGACAGCCACUACCGAUUGACAUUCUUCAUUCCGGAGAGGCUUAAGAUGGGUCAGAGGUAUGCUAUCACCCUGGAUCCAGGAGUGGUCAUAGGAACGCGGAGCUGUGUGGAUGGUGGAGCUCCAUCUCAAGGUCUCACUGACACAUCUUCAUGGCAGUUUGUCACUGAUAACACUGGGACAAGUUGUGAUGAUUCACCUAUUGGUAGGAAGAAAGCUGUCAUCCACACCGAAGGAAACACAGCCGCUGAUAUUGUCAUCGUUGCUGAUGAAUCAUCCAACAUGGAAAGGUCCCAUCAAUGGCUUAGCGGCAUGGUUCCUCAGCUAGAGCGUUACCUGCAGUACGCAGGCAUUGGUGUGAACUCCACGUUGCGCAAUCACUAUGCCUUAGUUGGCUAUGGACGGGCUGUCUUACCGAAUGGAGACGAUAGGUAUGUUCUUCCACGCGCAUUUGCCAACUCAGCUGGAGCGAAGGUGUUCACAAUCGAUUCCUUUUCACAUGUCAUCAAUCAGCUUUCGGCCAAUGGAAGCAUCGAGGAUGGUUACCUGGCAGUUAAAUACGCACUGCAGAACCUCACCAACAGCAAUGGAGACAACAUGCUGUGAUUGAAACACCCUAAUGUUGCUACCAACGUCAUUUUGGUGACUGAUGAAGAUCGUGAUGUGUACGGCCCAGGCAAGGCACUCACACGGACUGUGUUCAAGAGACUCAUUCGUCGAUCAGGUGCACUUCUCAAUGUUAUCGUUGAUCAGCGCUUUCGAGCACACGGUAUUCGCCGCAAUGCAAUGGGUAUGGCCUCGAAUAAAGUGGCUUACUUGGAUCAGGCAAUAUUUGGUACAUACAUGACCAGGUUGCGGGGGUAUAUAGGCGUGGAAAGCUAUCAACACACCAAACGGCAUUACACAACAGUCGCUCUGAACCUGGCAGGCACUGCAUGGGAUAUCAGUACUCUACAAGCGGCAGGAUCCUUGGCAACAUCCUUCACCAGAGCCUUUCUGAGUGUCACGACGAGCGAAAUAGCCAAUCAGAUCCAGAAAUGUCGCUACUGUCUUUGCCUGGCUGAGAGACGCACCCCUCGCUGGUCGUGCACCAUUGCCAGAAACCAAGCUGCAUGCCAAGCAAAUGCAACUGAACCGUGACCUGGCAGCGGCCGGUGGAAACAAAGAAUAUGAAGGUACAUGUAUGUGACUAUGUUCACAUAAACACCGGUUCUCAUUAGGAUCUUGCCCUUGAUGGCAACACCUCAUUAGCAUGUCUCUCCUUCACAAGGUUUCAGGAUCAUUAUGUACAAAUACAAGUUGGCCUGCUAAGGACCUGCUUCAUUCUGCUACAUGACUGUAUCACUGGUACUCUACAUGACCGCCUUUGCAAAUAUCCCGGAGAAUUUUAGAAUUAAAAGAUAGACACAGGCGGUCAACGCUUGGCUCUUUUGCACUCAAUCUGACAAAAAGUUCUACUCUUAGCCUGCCCACGCCAUAGCAUGCGCUCAACGUUAUAAUGAUUGUGCUAGUAGACCGUUCACCAGUAGCCUGUGAUUGAUAAUGCGGGUUGCCGAGUGCGAGAGAUCUAAUUCUUGUGUCCAGCGUUUUAGCAACCCAGUCUCGCCACCUAGUGAAGGAGAAAUAAGUUUGCAGCUACUCAAUCACGGCAUGAUUUUUCUAAAAUGUUUACGAUUUAGCCGUGAUGGUCGACCGUGUAGAACCGUAAAGAUGUAUGCGUAUUCUGCCAUGCA